UCGUGCUCUUUCAACAAGCCACUAAGUCUUGAGAGGGACGUGCCGCUUCACAAAGCGGCCCAUGUCCGUCUAGAAAUCGAGGAAGCACAUUCCAACCCACGGCCAAGUCUGGAGAGGGACGUGGCGCUUCAAUGAGAAGGGCCAUGUCCGUCUAGAAUCUAGAGGCACAUUCCACUUCAACGAGGAAGGCCAUGUCCAUCUAAAAUAUGGAAGCACAUGUGGUCUCAACUCUCAACAAAAUAUCAUGGACACGAGAUGAGGAGUUUCCACCCCCUUAAGCUAAGUGAUCAUGGCUCCUCCAGUGUACAUAAAUAUUAUAAGUAUGAGAGGGAUGUGCCACCUCAAGGAGGAGGGCCAUGCCCGUCUAAAAUCUAGAGGGACGUGCCGCUUGAUGCGUGACAGAGAAGUCCAUGGCCGUGAAUGAAGAGGUCAUGCCGCCCCAUGAUCAAGACCGACCGACCCAAAAUAUACCAAGUCUGGGAAGGACAUGCUGCCUCACAAGAGGGGCCAUGGACACGGAUGAGAAGGUUGUGGUGGUGCAGCACUAUAUAGCUAGUGACUAAGUCCAAAGAGGGCCAUGGACAUGAGUAAGAAGUCCAUGGCCAUGAGGCAAGAGGACCAUGGCCCCUUUGCGAGACACCACAUGCUCAUCAAAUUACUAGCAUGGCAUGAGAUUCAAAGCAAGACCAGGCGAGGCAAGCUACACUAAAAAACCCCGACGGGUUCAAGAGAAGUACCUAGGCAGUUGAGAGAGGAACUAUUACUCAUGCCACGUUCAAGGGACACGUCAGCCACAUUCUGGACAAGAGGGAGCGGUUCUUUCUAGCAGUUAUCCAAGAAGUGGUUUUCUACGACAGUUACCUCCUCGUGGCUAUAAAUAGGAGGAGGGUUCGACAGAGACAGAGGUCUCAAAACCAACACUCUGACACAGAUGUCAAGUUUAUCCUUUAUCUUGUCUCUAUCAUGUAGCCAUACACGUAGCUAUUAGUUUGGAGCUCUCACCGAACCUCCAUAGAAGUAUAAGUAACUUGAUUUAAAUUUUCAUUCCUAGAACCAUCAAUCAAACACCCUCGUUCGAACUUUUUCUGAAGAGGCGUGAGCCGUAUCUAAGUAAUCGUUAUCCGAAGAAGUCAAAGGUGUAAUCAAUCUCAAUUCAACGCAAGCUUUCUCGCCGGAAAACAAUACAUAGUACAUGGGUCGUUUGGAUGGAGUAUUUGUAUGAGUUAUUUGGGUUCAAAUAACUCACAAUGAGUUAUUUGGACACAAAUAACUCGUUCGACAGCGUUUUACUGAAAUGAGUUAUUUGGAUAGUCAGAUAUUUACAAAUAACUCAAAACGAGUUAUUUGAAAUAACUUAUACCCAUGUGUUAUUUCGAAAUAACUCGUUUUAUCACUCUGCUUUUACCAAAUACCACAUGUCAAAUACCACAUUUGCAUGAUUCAACCAAAUGAGAUACUUUAUUUCAAUUACCACUGAAAUAACACUGGGAAAUACCAUAUGAACAAUAAAUGAGUUAUUGACUUUACAAAUACCACAUUAACAAUUAACCUAUCCAAACGAAUAAAUGAGUUAUUUGACUUUACAAAUACCACAUUGACAAUUAAUCUAUCCAACUACUCCAAACAUUUAUUUAUUUAUUAUUCUUUUAGUUGCUUAUUUUGCUCACCCACAAAGGAAAGCUUCGAUUCUGGAUGUAACGUCCACGUCACUUCCGAUGCGCCAUUUCUCUCCCUUCCGGCCGUCGAUCGCAUAAAAGCCAGGAAGGAUAGACCACCGCGACGCGCCGUUUAUGAAUCGCUUAGCUCGCCAAGUUAGCCCUUUUAACUCGCUCCACCCAUCCCGCCUCUCCGCCACCACCGCCACCGCCACCGCCACGGUGGUCACUUGUAAAUUAAGCUCCCGCCGCGCCCACAAUUCACUCACUCCCCAUCCCGCCGCGCGAUUUCCGCGCCGAAUUCUCCCUCAGGCCUCCGCCUUGGCGUUCUUCGCCACCCGACCCGCCAAUUCCCCGAACCCUUCGGCAGCGAUGGACCCGACCCCGCCGGAAUCAUCGGAGGCGCCGCAACGUGCCGGGGAGGACUUUGUCCACGUCGAUAACCCCGAUCCUAGCGGCGGGGCACUGAGCGACAGCAUCGUUAAUGUUGCUGAUGAGCUGAGGGACGAGGGAGAAUCGGUGGUGGCCUCGGCGGGGACUGCCGCCGGUGAGGCUGAGCCUGAUGAGAGGAUGGAAGCCCCCGAGGAGCUCUCGAGAGCUGUGGUGCUGACUUGUGAGUCCAAGGCUGAAACUGGGUCCUGCGAUGUCUACUUGGUCGGCACCGCCCAUGUUUCAGAGGAAUCGUGCAGAGAAGUCGAAGCUGUAAUCCGUUACUUGAAACCAGAGGUAGUCUUUCUGGAAUUGUGCUCUAGUCGUGUGAGUGUGCUUGCACCUCAGAAUUUAAAGGUGCCAACUACAGGAGAAAUGAUAGAGAUGUGGAAAAAGAAACAAAACUUGUUUGGGAUACUAUAUAGCUGGUUCCUUGCCAAGGUCGCUAGUCAGCUUGAGGUAUUUCCCGGCUCUGAGUUCCGUGUGGCAUUUGAAGAAGCCAAAAAGUAUGGUGCUAUUGUGAUACUUGGCGAUCGUCCUGUACAGGUAACAUUGCGAAGAACAUGGUUAAAAAUGCCACUUUGGCAUAAGGCAAAACUGGUGUACUCAUUACUCUUUCAAGCUGUCUUCUUAGCAAGUCCACAGGACCUUAAGAAAAUGCUCAAGGAGAUGGAUGAUGUUGACAUGUUGACUCUUGUGAUUCAAGAAAUGAGCAAGCAGUUUCCCACUCUUAUGGAAACCCUAGUGCAUGAGCGAGAUCAGUACAUGGCAUCCAUGUUACAUAGAUACGCCUGUGAGCACUCAUCUGUGGUUGCCGUGGUGGGAAGAGGACAUCUUCAAGGAAUUAAGAAGAAUUGGCAGCAACCCGUAUCGAUGGAAGAUCUUCUGGAAAUUCCUACCCCUAAACCAAAAGUUUCAGCAUUGAAGGUUAUUACCUCCCUAGGUGUUGGCGCGGCUAUCAUAUCGGGCAUUUACCUUGCCCGCAAGAAAUAGCACCAGGCCAGGAGUUUGUUGUUGAUCUAUACAAAGAAUACAGAACGGCGAACCAGUCGUCUUGACCCUUCUGUACCUGUUUUUCCCCCCUUUUUUGUUUCUUCCUUUGCUCAAAUAACAUUAUCCUAUUUAC